AAUUAUUAUUCUCUUAUUUUUCAGGAGCUUCGGUGCUGUGGCAGCACUGGAGCUCCUCCUGGGCCAAAUGUAUUGCUUCGCGGCACAGACGUAAAUGCUGGGCUUGCUUCUGCCUCAGCAGGUCGUUGGAUAAUUGGCCCUCUCUAAACUGCUGUGCUGAUAAUCCUAUAUCUUGUUUGUUUUACGCACUGGCCUUAUUCAUGAUAAUGCAAUGUGUGGCAUAGUUUUCCACUACUCUUCUUACCGCUCGUAAGAAAACAAACAUUAUCUGUUUUUGAUCAGCUUUGAUGGAGAGACAUACAGGAACCAUCCCCUGCUUUAAUAUUUUUAGCUUUCAGUUCUGCAGAGUAAUAGCACAGACUUUGAGUGGCUCACUCUGAGUGCAGCAUCAAUUUAAUCUUACAAGGCUGCAGACUGUGUGGCUUUUUGGAGUUAAAUCAAAUCCAUGUAUCUUUGCAGGACAAAAAAAGCCCCCGUCCUUUUGUGCAUGCCUAUCAGGUCCCAGCAGGGAGCGAGUUUACAGAUCUGAUAGAUAUGAAAUCAGAUAGGAGCUGCUUUUAGAGAAAGUGUACAGAGAGAGAGAGAGAGAGAGAGAGAGAGAGAAGCUGUACUACAGGAGAAUUUCUGCCUCAGAAGAUUUAGAGCCUUUUCAGGGAUGACGCAUUUGAUCCUGGCUGAAGGUACUUUAUGUCUUUUAUUUGGGGGGAUUCCAUCUGGCUCUUUUGGAUUCUACCUGGCUGCAAUUUGUCCUUAUUUUAGAAGAAGCCAUUGUUUUUCAGUUACACAGAAUACUUGCCCAUGAGGAGGCCGUUCGUUCUUUGCUGGGCAGAGAGAGCCUUACCCAUUUACUCAAGCUGUGCUCCUCAGCUUUGCUAAGUCUGUUGGACAGCUCAUCGUGGAGAAGACUACUGACUACCCCUCCAAGGAGUUCUCACUGGCGGAGGAUGCAGCACAGCACUUUGCCCGUUUAAUGGACAGGCUCAACGAGCAGCGCCUCUUCCAGCCGGACCUUUGCGACGUGGACCUCGUGCUGGUGCGCCAGUGCAGUACCUUCCCCGCCCACAAGGGGGUGCUGGCUGCCCAUAGCCCCUUCUUCCAGGCACUGUUCACUCAGGGCAAGCAGCAGAAGCAGACACAGCAGACGACUCAGCAGCAGCAGCAGAGGGAGCUGAGACGCGUGGACCUGUCCCUGGAGGCGCUCACCAGCCAGGGCCUCACCCAGAUCCUUAACUUCAUCUACACGUCGCGGCUGCUGGUGAGCGGCGGCACGGUGCGGGACGUGCUCAACGCCGCCACCUUGCUGCAGAUGAGCGACGUCGCGGCCUCCUGCCACGAGCUCAUCAGCAGUCAGGCGCUGGGCCUGACACCGCCGCCGAAGGCCUGCAACGCCACCGGCAUGGCCAACCGGGAGGGCCGGGGAGAGGCGGGACUGACCACCGGCGGUGCCACCCAGCUGUACCGCGAGAUCAAGCAGGAGGCAGAGCUGGGGAAGAUGUACGCCCGGGACGGGGGAAGUCCGUUUUCUGUGAGGAUGGAGGAAGGAGGAGGAGGAGGGGGAGGGGGAGGGGGAAGAGCGCAACACCACACAGGCACACAGGUGCACCACGUCAGUCCACAUCCGAUGAGCGGCCAGGCCCACGGGUCGAGCCCGCAGGUCAAGCACUUCUUCAAGAAGGAUGACCUGGGGAGGGGUCUCUGCGGGGCGCUGGAACCAGAGGGGAUGGGGGCCUCCGACGGACACGUCUCCUUCAACCGUGACCAGAUCAUCGUGGAGGUGAAUCUCAACAAUCAAACGCUGAACGUGUCAAAGGGGUCCGAGGGCAAGCCGUCCGCCACAGACAGCGCCGUGUCCGUGCUGCUGGGUCAUCGCCACGACAACCGGCCUGACCUGGAGGAGGAGAACAAGGAGGAAGACAACGAUGAAGAUGGAGCAGACAUGGGAGGAGUGGAUGAGGCCGGAAAACAGAAAGAGGUGCUCUUGGCCAACAACAGUGAAGAUGACGAUGACGACAACGAUGAAGAUGAUGACUAUGAGGAAGAGGAGAACAAUGACAACAUUCCAGGGGAGGAGAUGGGCAUGGCGGGGAGGCUUCGCCGUGGCACCAGGACUGCUGCAAUCGCCGCUGCAACUGUGUCCAUGCGUCAGAGACUAAACGACGCCAUGCUAGCUGACCGACACAAGGGCCGAAAGAGUGGGAAACAAGAACAGGAGGGAAUGGGACAGAAGGUGCGGCUAGAGGAGAAGCAGCAUUUCCCCUGUAAGAAGUGCCCACGUGUAUUCAACAACCGCUGGUACUUGGAGAAGCACAUGAACGUGACACACAACCGCAUGCAGAUCUGCACCAAGUGUGGCAAACGCUUCCUGCUGGAGAGCGAGCUGCUGCUCCACCAUCAGACCAACUGUGAGAAGAGCAUACAGUGUGUGACGUGCGGAAAAGCCUUCAAGAAGCUCUGGUCGCUGCAUGAACACAACAAGAUUGUGCACGGCUAUGCAGAGAAAAAGUUCUCCUGCGAGAUCUGUGAGAAGAAGUUCUACACCAUGGCUCACGUACGGAAGCACAUGGUCGCCCACACCAAGGACAUGCCCUUCACGUGCGAGACCUGCGGUAAGUCCUUCAAGCGCAGCAUGUCUCUGAAGGUGCACUCCCUACAGCACUCUGGGGAGAAACCCUUCAAAUGUGAGAACUGCAGUGAGCGUUUCCAGUACAAGUACCAGCUGCGCUCCCACAUGAGCAUCCACAUCGGCCACAAGCAGUUCAUGUGCCAGUGGUGCGGCAAGGACUUCAACAUGAAGCAGUACUUCGACGAGCACAUGAAGACUCAUACCGGAGAGAAGCCGUACAUCUGCGAGAUCUGCGGCAAGAGCUUCACCAGCCGGCCCAACAUGAAGCGGCACCGCCGCACGCACACCGGCGAGAAGCCGUACCCCUGCGACGUGUGUGGCCAGCGCUUCCGCUUCUCCAACAUGCUCAAGGCGCACAAGGAGAAGUGCUUCCGGGUCAGCAACCCCAUGCUCUCCGAGGGCAGCCCACUCGGCAUGGACUCAAUUGCCUCCCCUGGUGGUGACUUGGUGGAAGCGCAGCUGGCACUGCCAGCCUCGUCUGUGCCCCCGGCUGGGGGGGGCAACCCCCUCACCCUGCCCCUCCUCCACUCCAUGGGGGGGCUCUCCUCACCCCCAAACCUGCCCCCUCCACCUCCCCUCUUCUCUGCAGGAAGGAUAAACUCGACCAACAACUAACAAGCUAGUAUUGGCAGUACAAGUACCGUAUGGAAGUCCCUUGUUUUCCCCCCCUUGGUUUACUUUUUUCUAAUGUUACUUACAGUACAUAACCUCCAGGUCAGGUGGUCUUUCUCCAAAGAGAAGAGUCCUUGGUAACUGCAAAACAUAACAGUAUAUUUUCAGAGGAAUUCAGAAACUACUCAAGGAAGCACUACUAUAUAUCUUCCAGGUGUUUAACUCAAAUACAUACACAACAUAUUACAGAGGUUAUUUUUUUUAACUAUAUACUAACCACCUAAACUAGUCCUAAAUGAUGUCUUAUAGUAUUUUCUGUGUGACCAUACAUUGUCAUUUGCACAGCUUGUCUCCUUUUACCAACAAGCUUAGCUUGUGGUCUUGCGUAGCUUUAGUUAUAAUCUUCCCAUAAGCAACCAUUUCAAAGAAAAAGUUGAUGAUUUGGUGACUUUCAGCAGUUGUGCACCUUAGGUUACCAUAGGAAGAGCCAAAGGGGUUCUUUGUGGGAUGAAUGCUGUUUUUUCAGAUCAUGGUACCUGGUGUUAUAGUUUACCUCACCUCUCUCAGACGGAACGUCAUCUGCGGUAGAGAUUCACCUCUCAUUUGACUGUUUUUGUCGUUAACUC